UCGCUAGAUAAUUAGGUUCAUUCUGUCUCCGAUAUUUCAUUUCAGAAAUAGCAAUUGGAAAUCUAAUUAAGUUUUAGUAGCUCAGUUAUGGCGUUUCCGUGGAUGUUAUCCAGCAGCUUAGCAUUAUCUUCGUCAUCGAAUCUUUCAUGGACACUGCCCAAAGUUCAGUUCCAUCCUUCCACACGGAGCGUGAAUUGCAUCUCUAAUUGUGGAUUCUCUGCUGAAGAUGAUUUGAAAUUUGUGCUUCAUGAUGCGCUUGAUUUUUCCGGCAUCGAUACGGCCCACGCCAGGGCUGCAAGGGUUGGUUUUUGCUCGCAGAUAAAAAGAUUCUCUGACCUUGAGAGAGGAACAAGUAUUACUAUAAAUAGAGGAGUUGAUUUAGCUAGAGCAGCUCUUCAAAUUGCAGCUGAAGACGAUGCCCUUAUCUCUCACUCUUCUGUUCCGCUUCCAGUUGAUGAUUUCAUUGAUAGAUUGGAUAACCUUUCUAUGGGCUAUUGCUCUCAAUACAGCUCCUCAUUUAGAUCCACACCAGAAAAAUUUCUUGACUGUUUAGAAAGAUAUCUAUACCUCAAUAAAGGUUUCCGAAGAACAAGUACCAGAAACCAUGUUGAGCACCGUGCUCUGUAUCUGAAUUCAGUCUUAACACAUCGUUCUGGCUCUGUUUCAAUGCUCUCCCUUAUAUAUUCAGAGAUUCUAAAGAUGCUUCGCAUCUGGGGUGUCCUGAAUUUUGAUGUGGAAAUCUUCUUUCCUCAUGAUUCACAUAGUUCUCCAAGAGGAUAUCUAAAACAAAAGAGCAAAGAAUCCGAUCAAUCACAUAUUAUGACAUCACAAUCUUUAUUAGUGGAGAUACUGAAAGAUUUAAAGAAUGCUUUCUGGCCAUUUCAACUUAAUCAUGCUAGGAGUCCAUUUCUAAGGGCUGCAGAAGCAGCUCACUGUGUCACUGGUUCCAGUAAUGCUAAAGAAAGUGCCUCACAGCUUGCCUCUUCCAAGGCUGCCCGUCAUCGGCUGCAACGAGGUGUUUGGACUAGUGUUCAUUUUGGAGAUAUGCGUCGUGCAUUAUCAGCGUGUGAACGCCUUAUUUUACUUAAGCAUGACCCUAAGGAUCUAAGAGACUACGCUGUUCUCCUCUACCAUUGUGAAUAUUACGAGGAAGCACUGCAGUUCCUUAAGCAUUACCAGGACACAAAGCAGCAAUCUGGUUCGGACAUCGAAAUUGAGGAAGACGCUGUGGAGAAACUUGUCGUACGGCUAAACCUGAUCUUGAUGGAGGUUGGUUGGUCUAGAAAGCCAGAGCCUAGAAAUAUCCUUUUUAACAACUCUGAACCAUGGUAAUAUUCAGGUCCAAUCUUAUGUAGUAAAUGUUGUACUAAGUUAAUGUAUAUCUAUCAUAUAUCCUUGUAAUUGUAUAGCUGAUCAGUUAAUAUGUAUAUGCAACAUACAUUGGAAAUGGUUCAAAUGAGAGCUGCUUAUUUUGAGAACUAA